AUGGCUCUUGGGAUGGCUGAGGUUGCAUAUUUCUUGUAUAGACAUGCCAUGAGGUAUAAUUCAACAAGUCCUAAGUGGUUUAAUAGAGAUAGGUUUGUUUUGAGUGCUGGACAUGGAUGCCUUCUCCAGUAUGUUUGCCUUCAUUUUGCUUCUUUCCAAUCUGUUCAGAUUGAAGACCUUAAAUGCUUGUGUAAGCUUGGAAGCCAGACGCCUGGGCAUCCAGAGAAUGUAGUGACACAAGGCAUCGAAGUCACAACCGGAUAUGAAUUGUGUUGGAUUUUUCAUUGUAGGAUACGACGAUAUUAUUGUUUUCUCAGCAACCAUGAUCAGCAUGGUAUAUUCAAUUUCCAAUUUUUGUGUCACACUACAGGCCCUUUGGGACAAGGUGUUGCGAAUGCAGUUGGUCUUGCUUUAGCAGAAGCUAACUUAGGUGCAAGAUAUAAUAAGCCUGAUGUUGCCGUUGUUGAUCACAGAACGUAUUGCAUCAUGGGUGAUGGCUGUUCUAUGGAAGGCAUAUCAAACGAGUCUGCAUCCCUAGCUGCACAUUGGAAGCUGCACAAGCUUACAUUGAUAUAUGAUGAUAACCAUAAUACUAUCGAUGGUAGCACUGACCUUGCACUUUCAGAAGACAUAUCGGCACGAUUUGAAGCUCUAGGAUGGAACACUAUCACUAUGGAUAACUCUGAAGGAAAUUUAGACGCAUUCAAGAAUGCAUUGAUCUCUGCACAUAGUGAGACCAGAAAACCAACUUUCAUCCGGGUGAAAACAAUUAUAGGGAAAUUGUCAAAAAAGGAAGGAACAUCAAAGGCUCACCAUGGAACCUUUGAUGAUGAUGAUGUAAAGCAAAUGAAACAGAGAGUUAAAUGGGAUGAUAGAGAACCUUUCCACGUCAUUCCUAUGGUUUACAGGGAAACGCGAGCACAAACAGAUAUCGGUGGAAGGUUGGAGCAGGAGUGGCAUUCUAAACUUAAUUAUUACCAAAACAAAUAUCCUGAGGAAGCUGCAGAAUUCAAGCUUCUUCUUGCUGAUAGGAUGCUUCCUGGCUGGGAAAGCUCAUUACCGAAAUGGUCCAUGUCUGAUCCAGUGGAUUCCACCAGAGGAUAUUCAGGGAAGUGCUUGAAUACACUCGCUAAAGUGCUUCCAGGACUUAUUGGGGGUAGUGCAGACCUUGCCAGCUCAAAUCAAGCCUAUCUCCAUAAUUUGGGAGACUUCAAGCAGCCCGAUUCCCCAUGGGGGCGAAACAUUAGGUAUGGAGUCCGGGAACAUGCAAUGGCUGGAAUUUCCAAUGGACUUGCGUUGCACGGUGGAGGGCUGAUACCAUUUGCAGCAACUUUCCUUGUUUUCUCAGAUUACAUGAAGAACUCUGUCAGAUUGUCUGCUCUUAGCCAUGCUGGAGUCCUCUACAUUUUGACCCACGACUCAGUCGGAAUAGGCGAGGAUGGACCAACUCAUCAACCAAUUGAACACCUUGCUGGUCUUCGAGCGAUUCCCCACUUGCUGCUCUUCCGACCUGCUGAUGGCAAAGAGACUGCUGGAGCCUAUAAGGUGGCCAUUGAAAACCGAAGUGUACCAAGCCUUCUUGCAUUAUCAAGGCAAAAGGUGGCAGCGAAUGUGGAAGGAACAUUGGCUGAUGCAGUACGGAAAGGCGGUUACAUUGUUAGCAACAAAUCUGAGAAGGAGCUACCGGAAAUCAUAUUGAUUGGCACUCGAUCAGAGCUGUGUUUGUGCGAAGCCAGCGCAAACGUGCUUAGAAAAGAAGGGACAAGAGUAAGAGUCGUUUCACUUGUGUGUUGGAGACUUUUCGAUAGGCAGCCAAGGGAUUACAAGGAGUUUGUUUUACCAUCGAGUGUAUCAAAACGUGUUAGCGUGGAGGCAGGCUCACCCUUAGGGUGGAAGGAGUAUGUCGGAGAUGAAGGCAUUGUUAUGGGGAUUGAUGACUUUGGUUCUAGCGGACCAUAUUCAGAAGUAUUCAACAAGUAUGGUUUCACAGAGGAAAAUGUGACCAAAACUGCAAAAUCUUUGCUUACCAAGUGAAGCUCUAUUACCACACACACAUAUAUUGAGAGAUAGGCAUAAAUCAUUCCCCUUUUUCUUCUAUUUUAUGAGUAAUGAAUGACUCAAUAGUCAUUACUCCACUUUCAAUUCUCAUUUGGUUUCUUCCCAAGGAUGGAGAUGGUAAGAACUCAACAAAAGCUUAGAGGCUUUAACAUCUCAGCCAACAACAUCGCUCAUAUUUCCAGUUCAUAAUCAAUUGCUACACAGCAUCAAAUGCCAAAGGGUUUUUUUAAUGUCUAUAGAAAGAAAGAAAAACACACACAAGAAUCUCAGUAAUUGUGAGGUUGAAGGCUAAUGGGAAGUCCUUGAAGAGGGGUAGGCAUUGGAUCAUAUAUAAAUUUUUCAUUUGGAAUAAGUAAUUUCCAAGUAAAUUUCCUGAUUAAGACGUGCAGAAAGACGAGCAUCUAUAUAUGGUGCAGGUCCAGCUUCUUCAAAUCUUGAUGGUUCCAACCUCGUUGGAUUGGGGAAAAUCUCUGGAUCCAAACUUGUUAAACCAGUAUUCCAGUACAACUGCUCCAACAUAUAUGAGUUUAAGAAACUAUUUUUAUAAUCA